GACCCUCCGAUUUUUUUUUGCCGCAACGCAAUUGAGUCUCCAUUCAUUCGUUUGCGUAUGAAUCAUAAUCCCACUCGGAUUGAAGUUAAUGCUCCUUAUUUAUCCCAGUGACUGUCGAGCUCCGUUGUCGUAUUUUUCCUCUUGCCUUUAUAGCUUUACCUUCCUACAGUGUGUCUCUAUUUCUACCCGCCUGUCCGUCUCACAUCUCGUCCGAUUGUCGAGUCACUUCGGUAGACCCUCGCCUCCGAUUCUCUCACCGCAACCCACCAACAGACACAUUAAUCAUGCCUGCGAUCGACACAGCGUCACCGAUCGAGGUGGCCGAGGAUGUGCGAGUUCUAGGAUACGAUCCAUUGAUCCCACCGGCACUUCUGCAAAGCGAGAUCCCGGCGUCACGGACGUCGCUGGAGACGGUGGCACGGGGGCGGAAAGAAUGCAAAGAGAUCAUCCACCAGCGGGACGACCGACUGCUGGUGAUGGUGGGACCAUGCUCGAUCCACGACCCGGCGACGGCACUCGAGUACGCCGAGCGACUGAAGAAACUGGCCGAGAAGCUGUCGGCGGACCUAUGCAUCGUGAUGCGAGCAUACCUGGAGAAGCCGCGGACGACGGUCGGCUGGAAGGGACUGAUCAACGACCCGGACAUUGACGAGUCGUACAAGAUCAACAAGGGCCUGAAAGUCUCGCGCCAGCUCUACUCCGACCUGACCAACAUGGGCAUGCCGAUCGCCAGUGAAAUGCUCGAUACCAUCUCGCCUCAGUUCCUCGCCGACCUGAUCUCCCUGGGCGCCAUUGGCGCCAGAACCACCGAGUCCCAAUUACAUCGGGAACUGGCCUCGGGUCUCUCGUUCCCCAUCGGCUUCAAGAACGGCACGGACGGUUCCUUGUCCGUGGCCAUUGACGCCGUCGGCGCCGCUGCCGCCCGACACCACUUCAUGGGUGUCACCAAGCAGGGCCUGGCCGCCAUCACCAAGACGGCCGGGAACGAAGACGGAUUUGUGAUCCUGCGCGGCGGCUCCAAGGGCACAAACUACGACGCCGACAGCGUCAAGGCCGCCAGAGAGGCCCUGAGACAAAAGGGCCAGCGCGAGGUCAUGAUGAUCGAUUGCUCUCACGGCAACUCAAAGAAGAACCACCGGAAUCAGCCCUUGGUUGCCCAGACUAUCGGAGACCAAUUGCGCCAGGGCGAAGACGCCAUCGUUGCCGUUAUGAUCGAGUCCAACAUCAAUGAGGGCAACCAGAAGGUCCCUCCCGAGGGCGGUCUUGCCAGCCUGAAGAAGGGCGUCAGCAUUACCGACGCCUGCAUUGACUGGGACACCACCGUCGAGGUGCUCGAGCAGCUGGCUGAUGCUGUCCGAACACGAAGACAGGUCAAGGCCAAGCAGCAGAACGGCACCAACGGUGUGAAUGGUCACCAUUGAGACGGUUGGACCACGAGCGAUUGGCAUGGCCAACCAUACUCUUGCCCAGCCAGUGACUUUCUCCAGUGACUCUAUCCGAAGAGAAAAGAAUAUGAAACUCAUCGCUGGCAUCGUCGUGGCUGGUCGACCCCGUUUCCUGGUCUGUUCGUCUUUGAGUAAAAGCUAGCCCAUGAUAGAGUGGGGGAUUGGGCUCAAAAAGCCAAAAUACCGCAUCACAUUUCGUUCAGGGUGAUGGUGUUGGUGGAAGCACAGGAGUUACCUUAUUUAUCCUUACCUUAUUUAUCCUUUGGCUCUGAAACGAGCCUUCCGAGAAGGGAGAGGAGAUACGUAGCCCUUUAAAUGAGACAGGAGGAAAUGAUCGGAAUCAUUAAGUCGUAUUAUUAAGCAUACAUUGUGGACGAUCAUCCCAUAUGCCGUGCUAUCCUCGUAACACCAUGCUGCUAUCAACCAG